GAGGGAGGAGGGCUGAGGGCGGCGAGCUGGAGCUGGCAGGCGGCGGGAGCCCGGGCGAGCCGCGUCGCUCGGGUGUGCAGUCUCCAUGGCAGUGCUGGGCGCAGCCCGAGUGAGUCCAGGAGGCUGAGCACCACCCCCAGGAUCCUUGGGGGCGUCCAGAAGACCCGGAGCGGUCAAGAACCAGAGAAAGAAGGGAGUUGGAAGUCCUGGCAUGAGGACCAAGGCUCCCCAGCCAGUUUCCUAGUGGGGGAGCUAUCAGCUUGUCUCCCCGUUACAAGGAUACUUCUGGAAGGGCCCCACCCAACAUGAAGGCUGAGGACCACCUCUACUGACCCUCAGUCUCCUCCCCCGCCAUCCCUGCUGGACCUCAGCUGGGUCAGUCACGCAAUGCUGAGCAAGAGGGGUGGCCUAGGGGCGGCCCACCUCACUCCGGGGCAAGGACUGUGGGCGUCAUGGGGGUGCGUGUGAGCGGGGCUCCUGGGUGAGACCCAGCCCCCACCCCCAGGAGUUCAAGGGGGGUGGGGGGACCGAGGAAGGAUGGCUCGGGGCGGGGCGGGGGCAGAGGAGGCCUCCCUCCGCUCGAACGCGCUGUCCUGGCUGGCCUGCGGGCUGCUGGCGCUGCUGGCCAACGCCUGGAUCAUCCUUAGCAUCUCAGCCAAGCAGCAGAAGCACAAGCCACUGGAGCUGCUGCUCUGCUUCCUGGCAGGCACGCACAUCCUCAUGGCGGCCGUGCCCCUCACCACCUUCGCUGUGGUGCAGCUGCGGCGCCAGGCCUCCUCCGACUAUGACUGGAAUGAGAGCAUCUGCAAGGUCUUUGUGUCCACCUACUACACGCUGGCCCUGGCCACCUGCUUUACUGUGGCCUCCCUCUCCUACCACCGCAUGUGGAUGGUGCGUUGGCCAGUCAACUACCGCCUCAGCAACGCCAAGAAGCAGGCACUGCACGCCGUCAUGGGCAUCUGGAUGGUCAGCUUCAUCCUCUCCACCCUGCCCUCCAUCGGCUGGCACAACAAUGGCGAGCGCUACUACGCCCGCGGCUGCCAGUUCAUUGUCUCCAAGAUCGGCCUGGGCUUUGGUGUCUGCUUCAGCCUCCUGCUGCUUGGGGGCAUUGUCAUGGGGCUGGUCUGUGUGGCCAUCACCUUCUACCAGACGCUGUGGGCCCGGCCCCGGAGGGCUAGGCAGGCCCGGAGAGCGGGGGUUGGGGGUGGGGCCAGGGGGGGUGGGCCAGGGGGCUUGGGUACCCGUCCGGCCUUUGAGGUGCCAGCCAUCGUGGUGGAGGAUGCCCGGGGGAAGCGGCGGUCCUCGCUGGACGGCUCUGAGUCGGCCAAGACAUCUCUGCAGGUUACCAACUUGGUCAGCGCCAUCGUCUUUCUCUAUGACUCCCUCACAGGGGUGCCCAUCUUGGUGGUGAGCUUCUUCUCCCUGAAGUCGGACUCGGCUCCCCCCUGGAUGGUGCUCGCUGUGCUGUGGUGCUCCAUGGCACAGACGCUGCUGCUGCCGUCCUUCAUCUGGUCCUGCGAGCGCUACCGCGCGGACGUGCGCACGGUGUGGGAGCAGUGCGUGACUAUCAUGUCCGAGGAGGACGGCGAGGACGAUGGGGGCUGUGAUGACUACGCGGAUGGCCGAGUGUGCAAAGUUCGCUUUGAUGCCAACGGGGCCACAGGGCCAGGGGGCAGGGACCCCACCCAAGUAAAGUUGCUACCUGGACGGCACAUGCUGUUUCCACCUCUUGAGAGGGUCCACUACUUACAGGUCCCUCUGUCUCGCCGUCUGUCCCAUGAUGAGACCAACAUCUUCUCUACUCCUCGGGCACCAGGCUCCUUCCUGCACAAGUGGUCCUCCUCUGAUGACAUCCGGGUCCUCCCAGCCCAGAGCCGGGCCCUUGGGGGCCCCCCUGAACACUUGGGACCAAGGCAGAGGCUGGAGGACGAGGAGGAUGAGGAGGAGGCUGGAGGUGGGGGGCUGGCCACCCUCCGCCAGUUCCUGGAGGGUGGGGUUCUGGGCUCAGGUGGGGGACCCCCACGGGGUCCAGGCUUCUUCCGAGAGGAGAUCACCACCUUCAUUGAUGAGACACCUCUGCCUUCUCCAGCCGCCUCGCCGGGGCCCUCUCCUCGCCGGCCCAGGCCUCUGGGGGUCUCACCCCGCCGACUCUCCCUGGGGUCCCCUGAUACCCGAGCCAUUGGACUUCCUUUGGGGCUCAGUGCAGGGCGACGCUGCUCCCUGACGGGAGGCGAAGGGAGCACAAAAGCCUGGGGAGGAUCCUGGGGCCCAGGGAACCCCAUCUUCCCCCAGCUGACUCUGUGAGCCCAAGUGGGCCUGCUGGACUCAGAGAAGGGGGCCUGGGUGGGGAACACCUCCUUCCAUUCCUGAGCCUCCUGACUCUGGGGAGAUGGGCAGGAAUCGGGGCCCCGGAACCCCGGCUGGCUCCCAUCCCAGUCACCAGACACUUGCCUCACCUGCCAUCCUCCCUAACAAGUAUUAAAGUCGAAGUGUUACCAUGGAAA